AUUACAAGUAAACACAGAUGUAAUAAUAACCCAAAGCAAAACAGAGAUGUAAUAGAAAAUAGAAAGAUUGACCAUGUCCGUCCGGUGCUUACAAACAGACAAACCCAAGCUGCUAUUACUGUCCAGUUUUCAACUUUCCACCCUCUCUCUCUCUCUCUCUCUCUCCCUCUCUCUCUGAGCCUUUCUUCUAACCACUCCUCUGUACCCACACGCAUAAUAUAAACUCAGUACUAGAGUUGAAUACAACUAGUUGUUAUUGAAAUGGGGUGGUUUCCCUGCUCUGGAAAGAAGCAUAAGAAGAAGAAGAAGAAUUUGAAUAAGCAGCCGUCCGAUCUAGUUCAAUCCUCUUCUAUAGAUAAUUUGAAGCCAUCAAUAAAGAUGAAGGAGGCAUCUAAAGAAGGAGGGUCUGAUCAUAUGGCAGCACGAACGUUUCCAUUUCGUGAUUUGGCAGCAGCGACUAAAAACUUCAGGGCUGACUACCUCCUGGGAGAAGGAGGUUUUGGGAGAGUAUAUAAAGGAAGACUUGAAAACUCAAAUCAGGUCGUAGCCAUCAAGCAACUUGAUCGUAACGGACUGCAAGGGAACAGAGAAUUCCUUGUUGAGGUAUUGAUGUUAGGAUUGCUUCACCACGAUCACCUUGUCAACUUGAUUGGUUAUUGUGCUGAUGGAGACCAGAGACUUUUGGUCUAUGAGUACAUGCCAUUAGGAUCUUUGGAUGACCAUCUUCACGAUCCUUCACCUGACAAAAGACGACUUGACUGGAAUACAAGAAUGAAGAUAGCUGCCGGUGCUGCAAAAGGACUGGAGUAUUUACAUGAUAAAGCCAGCCCCCCUGUGAUCUAUCGUGAUUUAAAAUGCUCCAACAUAUUGCUUGGUGAAAAUUAUCAUCCGAAGUUAUCUGAUUUUGGCUUAGCUAAGCUUGGGCCUGUAGGUGAUAACACACAUGUAUCCACAAGGGUUAUGGGUACAUAUGGAUACUGCGCCCCAGAAUAUGCAAUGACUGGACAAUUAACCCUGAAGUCAGAUGUUUAUAGCUUUGGCGUGGUCCUUUUAGAGAUCAUUACAGGUAGGAAAGCCGUUGAAAGUACAAAAACUGCGGGUGAUCACACUCUUGUUGCCUGGGCAAGGCCUUUAUUUAAAGAUAGGAGGAAGUUUUCACAGAUAGCUGACCCAAUGCUUCAAGGUGAAUACCCUACACGGGGGCUGUAUCAAGCUCUUGCUGUUGCAGCAAUGUGCGUACAGGAGCAGCCUAAUAUGCGUCCCGCUAUAGCUGAUGUUGUCACAGCUUUGAGUUAUCUUUCUUCACAGAAAUUUGACCCCAGAACCCACCCACAACAAAGCUCGCAAUGGUCACCUGCCACUCCCCCGAGAACUAAAAGAGAUGGGGACAGGAGACGAUAUGAUGAUGGUGGAUGUGAGAGAAGAUACUGAGCAUUCUCAUGGUAGUUUAUUUUAUAUUGGCUUCAGUUUUAUGCUUUGCUUCUUAUAUUAGGUAGAUUGCCACUAGUCAAAGACUUUCACAGUCUCAACUUCUUUGGUUUGAUCCAGUGGUCUGAUUAGAGGUUUUUUACGGGAUGACAAAGGAAAGGCUACAAAUUUUUAUACUUCAUAUAUUGUGUAUAACUUAGAGCGGGUUGUGCAUCUCUAAGACUUGAUCUUGACUAUUGAAUUGGCUCACCUGUGGCCACUGCAGAACCAUAGUAAUAUCAGUAUAAUGGAUUCUUUUAUGUAAAAUGAUCUCUAUUAUUGUACAAACUACGAGGUGUAUUUCAUUCAA